UUGGGGUUUUGCUUACUUAUUAUUGUUACAUGCAGAGUUUAUAAAAGAUGGAUGGAAUAAAAGGAAAAUUUAUGGAUUUAUUGCACAAACAGGCGAGUAGAAACCAUAUGAAAAUCCCUGCUAUGGGAUUCUCUGAUCAUUUCAUCCAGACUGUAACUGAGAGUCAAAAGACGGGAUUUUCGGUCGCUACAACAGGAGAUGGGGCGGAUGAAUGUGACCAGGUCGAUUGUUCACAAAAAUCUGACCAGGAAGUUUUGGAAAGUAUAGCUAAUAAUUACUUCAAAGCAGACAGCAAUCCAGCAAUGUAUGAACUUCAGAAUGUCUUGGCGAAUGGGGUUGACUAUGCAUUGAUUGAGAGUACUAUGCUUAAACUACGUACUCAGCAUAAGGUAUUGUCUAAAAAAGUUUUGUCCAAUAUUUUGGAACAACGAAGUGCCUGCAAUGUAGAAUUUGCCGCAAUCAAUGAAACUCAAAAAGAGCUGGAAGAAUCAUUGUGGACCUGUCGCAAGGCUCGUUCGUACUUAAAUUAUGCAAAGCAAAAUUUAACAACUACUAGUUUAGAGAUAUUAGCCUCCUAUCGUAAACGUGAGAUACUUAAGGAACUUUUAAGCACAUUGCAGGCCAUUAAAAAAUUGAAAUCUACAGAUGUUGAAGUCCAAAAACUUUUGUCUGAAUGUAAUUAUUCAGCAGCGAUUUCAUUACUGCUAAAUUGUAAAGACUCCGCUGCAGAGUACAAUCAUUUGCAUUGUGUUGAGUCGUUAAACAAAAAGUUGCAGGAAACAUUGUUGUUAACAGAGUUUCAAUUGGAUACAGUGUUAAAUGAGAUGAUUCUAAAUUUUGAUAUGAGAAAAUAUUCCAAGUUGCAAGAAGCUUAUAAAUUACUGAACAAAUCUUUAAUUGCUAUGGAUCAGCUACACAUCAACUUUAUUUCUGCCAUCCAUUCUUCAGUAAACUCGGUACUUCGCGGUUACAACGAUCCCAAUGCGGACGAGAACAUUAAACUUCUAUACGAACAAUUAUGCGAUCAAGUGGAGGCUGAUAAAUACAUACCCUGUUUGAUAAGUCUGUGUAAAACUGUUUGGACAAUUUUAUCAUCGUACUACCAAAUUGUUAUAUGGCACCAAAACUACAAAUUGUAUCCACUCGAUAUGCCCGAUUCGCCCGAUAAUUAUAUACAAGAGAAAUUAAGAAAGGGACAAUCGCGCAUAUGGAACGAUAUAUUGACGAAAAUUUGUACAUUUUUGCAAAGUUCCAAGUUGAAUGCCCUAAAAUAUGAUCAGUUCAUACAAGUGCUCAGCGUAAUACAAAGACUUAAAAAGGUGGGCCAGGAAUUUUGCAAUGAAAAUUCGGAUAAACUAAUCGAAACCAUGCAGCUGCAAAGUGAGGAGUUUUUUCAACGUUAUCACUUGUGUUGCCUAGAGGAAAUCUGUCUGUUUUUGGACAAUGAGUCGUGGACAGUUGUGGACUCAUUUGCAAAUAUUUUGCAAUUGCCGGAAUUUCGUUCGAUACGACACUCUCUGCGACGCCAUAAGUCGCCACCGGGUAUGGCAGCCAAAAAUCACAACUCAUUGUCGGUCAACAACUCUCCCACUAGCAAUAAUUGUGAUGAAUUAGUUUCGGUGCACUCGCAAGACGGUGGAAGUUCCAUAUAUGGUUCCUAUGGUUAUUUUUUACGAUUUAGUGAGAAGAGUUCUCCGUUUGAUGGCGGUCUAGAUGUAGCCAUGCUUGAGGAGGAUAUACUUUCGGGUAUUGUCGACGAAGCCUCAUGCUAUUUCAGUGAAGAAGAAAGCGAGGAUGAUCACAAGAGCAAGGACUAUGAUGAUUGUAGUGGUGCUGGAAAUAAUGGAGCCGGCGGCCAGCAGCUUACGGUGAAUAACACGACCUUAAAUGUUUUUCGCUGCAUUGGCCGUUAUUUACAAAUGUGCAAACUUUUGCAUUGUAUCUCACCGAAAAUUGUGGCCAGUAUGUUGGAGUUGAUAGACUUUUACGCUUAUGCUGUACACGAAAUUUUCGGCAAAGAUGCGCCUGUUCAAAUGGAAACUUUCUACUCGCAGAAAUUGGAACAAAAGCUGGAGUUCGUCAGGCAAAAUGUCAUUCCCAACAUUAAAAUAUGGCCUUUGAAUUUCUCAUCAUUGAUCAACAAUGAACUAGCAAAUCCCGACACCCUGUAUGGGCUGUCACAACGCAUUGUGGCCAUGGAAAGCGGCCACUGUAUGACUCAACAAUUUCAGAUUUUACAAAGCUAUUUGAAUCAUUUAUUGCCAAUGCAAGAUAGGCCGAUGUUAAGCACAUAUUUCGAAUACAUUUGCUUUAUGCAUGAUUUGGCUCGGCCCGUUUACACGUGUGUGACAUCGCGAGUUUUCGACCUGCCGGCCAUUCUCACAAUGAUGUCCAAAGUGAAAUGGGAUGUCAAUCAUGUUAGCUUUCAGCAUAAUGGAUACAUCGAUAUAAUGAAUAGAAACGUGCAAAAUUUUGCCAUGCGAUUGGAAGAAAUCGCCAGGGAUAUAACAAUACCUUUUGAACAGGUUUGGAACUCAUUGGCUCAUGUCGCUACACGUUUGCUUGUGGAAGGAUUUUCCAAUGUUAAGAAAUGUUCUGCAGGUGGACGGGCGCUCAUGCAACUUGAUUUUACCAACUUCAUGUCAAUAUUUGAGUUAAUAUCGAAUCAAAAAUUUUCCGAUCAUCGCCAAUUUGUGGAUAUGUUCAUAAAGGCUUACUAUUUUUCUAAUGAACAAUUUGAGGAAUGGAUUGUAGAACAAAAGAAUGUGGAACCAGCACAAUAUUCCAACAAACAACUUACGAAUCUCAUCCAAUGCGUUUGUGUAAGUGAUAAAAGGACGAGACAAAAACUACUCAAUUUUUUGGGUACUACGUCAACCCAAAAUGGAUCAAAUCUAAACGUGAGUUUUGCGAAUACUUCUACGAAUGCGAAUGGAGUACCAAGUACAGCAAAUUCAAAUUCGAACUCAGGUUAAGCAUAAAAUGAUUCUAUUGCCAGAAGUUUUGGUGGUAGUGCACAAAUGUCCUUGUAAAUUGCACCGGAAAUUGAAACAAGCUACCGAUCACAUAAGUAAGAACAAAAUAUUUCAUUUAACCGAUACUUAGUUAAUUUUUUCUACAUUAGACUCUCGACUCUCAAUUUGUUUUUAUAGUGAUGAACGUAUUA